CGCCCCCUUGGCUUCUACGGCUCCGAUAGCGCUGGGGUCAUUGAGUUGGUGCGACGGUACUCCAUGGGUCAUUAUGGGUGGAGCAUCAGAUCCCAAUGCCGCGGUGAUCUCUGAAGUUGCAGAGCUUACAACGACAUUCUAUGUCGGCGUCGCAAGUUUCACCGUUCUGGUAUGGGACCACUUGGUAACGCUGUCGGACGAGAUCGAGUACGUUUGGAAGAGGAAGAAGAGCGCCCUCAUUUAUCUGUUCUUCUUGAACCGGUAUAUGACUCCCCUAGGCUUUUGUGUGAAUCUGUUCGCCUACUUUUCGAGCUAUUUCACACCGGAAAGGUGUCAGCAUUUCGUUCGCUAUGAAGGCACGAUGACCCUCAUGGGCAUAAAUGUGACGGCGCUGAUGAUGCUUCUCCGGAUCUAUGCGAUCUACGAGGGACGGAAGCUUGUGGUGGCCCUAGUGGCUGCCGUAUUCCUCUGUGAACUUGGUGUAAAUGCCUGGCUACUGUCGCACGGUAUCGCCGUCCGCCACUCCCACAACAUUCAUGCGUGUACUAUGAUUUUCGACUCAACGAAAGUGCCCGGCGGCGUCGCGUCUGCAUCUGCAUGGCUGCCAUUGCUUUACGAUACCGUGAUUCUGAUCCUUACGCUCCUGAAGACAUAUAAACAUAUAAGGAAUGCAUCGGCAGGAAGGAUCAUGCGUGUCGUUGCCAAGGAAGGACUUGUCUACUAUGGUGUCAUCUUCACCAUCACGUUCAUUUUGACUUUCAUGAUCCUCUUGGCUCCCGACGGCCUCAAGAACAUCACAGCACAAACUGAAUAUUUGCUUACCGUGGCCAUGAUGUCCCGCAUCACCCUCCAUCUCAAGAAGCAGACGCAUGGCGGCCACGACUCCGACGGUCUCUUCGUAUCCACAUCCGAGCAUGCUCCUGGCCGCGUCCGGUUCACGCGCGCGCCAGAAGUUAGUAUCACAGUGCAGCGGUUGACGCAUGACGACCGCGGCGGUGUUGUCGACAUGCCGAAGACAGCGACGCCUGUGGCCUUUGGGAAGGGCCCUGCGCGCCGGGACGAAUGGCAUGAGCUCGGACCUGUACAUCUCGACAUCAACGCAAGCCACGGCAGUGCAGAGUCUGGCAUUGACGUGGACAAGGCCACGAACAUGUGAUUGGGUACGCCGGGUUGGUGAUCCCGCAGUCACCAAUGGCGCUUGGAUCAGCUACUGUGAAAGUCAUCUUAGAAGGGUCUUUUCAAUCCGCUUCUCUUGAAGUUGUUGUAUCCGUAGACUGUUAUUAGACGAUCUUUGGCCGAUAUGUGAUUGUUU